AUGAAAGGCCUGACUUCAGAUUCUUUACAUCAGACAUCUCUUCGGGAGCUGACCACCCUUGCCUUAAAAAUGCCGAGGAGAUCUUGCAAUUCAAGUGUCAGAAAUGAUGCAGCAUUUCUUUUCACAGUGGUUGGGACAACAGGGUUUCUGGGAGUUCUUGCUGGCCAGCUUCCCGGGGAUUGGGGCUUCUUUCUACCAUAUUUAAUUGGAAGCAUUUCUUUAGUAGUUUUGGCUGUGGGGAGCAUUUCACCCGGGCUUCUUCAAGCUGCCAUUGGAGGCUUUUCAUCAUUCUUUCCUGAUUACCAGGAGAGGAUUGCAAGACAUGAAGCCGCUCAUUUUUUGAUUGGCUAUUUGUUGGGCCUUCCGAUCCUGGGGUAUUCAUUGGAUAUUGGUAAGGAACAUGUCAAUCUCAUUGACGAAAAGCUGGAAAAGCUUAUAUAUAGUGGACAGCUUGAUGCCAAAGAGCUUGACAGGUUGGCAGUUGUUGCUAUGGCUGGACUUGCUGCAGAGGGUCUGAAAUAUGACAAAGUGGUCGGUCAAUCUGCUGAUCUUUUCACCCUUCAGAGAUUCAUAAACAGGAGCAACCCAAAACUCAGCAAUGAUCAGCAGCAAAAUCUAACUAGAUGGGCGGUUCUGUUCGCUGGAUCCCUCUUGAAGAACAACAAGGUGACUCAUGAAGCCUUGAUGUCAGCAAUGUCGAAUAAGGCGACUGUAUUGGAAUGCAUCGAAGCAGUUGAGAAAGCUGCAUAGUUUUUACCUUGCACUUCUAAAUCGUUUUCAAGUACCAAAUUGGAAAGAUUGCACUGCUUGAAAUCGACAUUAGCACCUAAGCUGCUAAAUGUUCUUUUGAUUUUCCUCUUUGUUUUUUUAAAAAUUAAUUUCAUUC